GAGAAAGAGAGGUGAAUGUGUGCAGUUGAGUUCCUGUCCAUAACCAGCAUGAGCGUGAGUGCCUCUUCAAAAUUUAGGACACAGAGAUACAAUCAGACAGACUGAGAGAAACCAUAUGGAUGAGAGAGAUAAUGGCUGAGCAAGAGCACUAAAUGUCUGUAUGGGUGGAGUGAUGGUGGGAGCUGGAGGUCGGUAGAUCUCAGAGUAAAGCUUUAGUAUUUCAACUAUUUUUGGUGUCAUGGUUUUGGGUUUCUCUUUGCUUGUUUGCAACAUGUUUGUAAUGGAGACAUGGCAAAAAGACACAUGACUAGAACUUUGCACCUUUUUUCUAUGGGGCACCUUUUUUCUUUUUUCGCUGAAACCAACCUGCAUAGUUUUUUUGUCAGGUGUUGCGCAUGUGUCGUUUAGGUAAGUCAGCUUUUCUUGUUCUGCUUGUGAAGAAUGUAUCUUGUGAAACGAAUGUGGCAAUGAUGACAAAUGUCUCAUCACUUCUUCGCACUUCAUCUGACCCGUGGACCUUGACAUGGACAACACAAGGUUUUUAAACUGGAUUAUUGAACAAAGUUUUGCCGUGUCCCCCACCAGCACGGACCGUAAACUUCUUGAUAAAGUUCUCAGGAGACUGGACAAACUGCAUAAACUGAGCACCAACCCCAGGUUGGGUCUUAAAAACAGCCCGCCGUACCUUCCCGAACUAGUGUCGGAGACCGCCAUCCACCUGACAGAAGUAUGGGCUCCCUACAGGGGCUCCAUGAUGGCCGUGCCACGAGGGGACGAGGGUGAUUAUCUGAGGAUCCAUAUUCGACACUUGCUGGACAAGGCAGAUAGAGCUGUGCUGCUGUUCAAGGAUGGCAAGGAGAAGAUGUUUGAAGAGACAUCAAGCUACAGGAGAAAUCUUACUAAGCUGUCACUGCUGUUCAGCCACAUGUUGAAUGAACUACAAACUUUGUUUCCUGGGGGACGAUUUCAGGGUGAUACUUAUAGAAUUACAAAGACAGAGGCCAAAGACUUCUGGAGGAAAGCCUUUGGACACAAAUGUAUAGUGCAGUGGAACAUUUUUAAACAGCAGCUGAGGAGGGUUCAUUACUUUGAAGAGGGAAUGGAGGCCAUGGCUUUGAAGUCCACAGUUGAUCUCACUUGUAACGAUCACAUAUCCAUCUUUGAGUUUGAUAUUUUCACCAGGCUUUUUCAGCCCUGGUCAACUUUGUUAAGAAACUGGAAUCAUUUAGCAGUAACUCACCCAGGAUACAUGGCGUUUCUCACCUACGACCAGGUCAGGGUCCGACUAGAGCACUACAGACAUCGUCCUGGCAGCUACAUCUUUCGUCUCAGUUGCACACAAAUGGGUCAGUGGGCGAUUGGUCAUGUGACCAGUGAUGGCAACAUUGUGCAAACCAUUCCCCGAAAUACACCUCUUUACCAAGCACUCAUACAAGGUUUCAAGGAGGGCUGCUAUUUAUAUCCUGAUGGGCGUGAUGUGAACCCUGACCUCACCAGCCUGUGCAGUCCGACUCACAAGGGUCGAGUCAAAGUCACAGAGGAGCAGUAUGAAUUAUACUGUGAGAUUGGCAGCACAUUUCAGCUCUGCAAAAUCUGCACAGAACGAGACAAAGACACUCGCAUUCAGCCCUGCGGGCAUCUGCUGUGUCAGCCCUGCUUGACUGGCUGGCAGAAGUCAGACGGGCACACGUGCCCCUACUGCCGCUGUGACAUCAGAGGCACAGAAUCCAUCCUCAUUGAGCCCUACCUGCCAGAGAGAGACAGGAGGGCAGGGGGGGAGGAGGAAGAGGAGGAAGAGGAGGAAGAUGAAGAUGAGGAGGAAGAUCAUGAGGAUGUGGAGCUGGUGAUGAAAAAACUGGCUUGUAUGAAAAAGAUAUCACAGGAGGAGUAUCAAGUUCCCCGUUCCAGUCUAUUACUUCCUCCCCUUCCUCCCAAAAGACAGUCACUUUCCCCGUGUCCAUCUCCCAAACCGCCCUCCAGAUCCUUGAGCAUAGGCACACAGAAAGUCAAACAUGGUUCCUGGUCAGAAAACAUGCUAAGACAAACUUCCUCAGAUAGAAGUGAGGAACUUUUGGAAGACUUCCGUCCCUCCUCUUUGCCAUAUGUCAGAAACAGUGGGGUGUCCUGGGAAGGGCCUUCAGAAAAUGUAAAAAGGAAGAGGAAAGAGAAAAGAAGGGGCAAUGAAGAAGAAGAGCACGGCAGAGGUGUGGCGGAUUCAGCGUCUCCUUCAGGAAAUCACAUUCAUGGAGAGAUGGAAGGAAAAACUUCAUCCUGACAAGGAAAAUCACCUCAGACUUCAGACUGUAAAGUAUACUGGCAAGACAAAGCAAUCUUUUGAUAUCUGCAACACUGGACAACCAAAAUGAUUCAAAGGACUCAAUAGUCACCAGAUUCAGAACAUACAUGCAUGUAGGAAUAUUAGCUCCAAUGACCUUUUGCAUUGACAGGAGAAAACAAGCAUCUUACUGCUCACACCUUUUUAAUACAUUUUAAAUUCUACCUCACGCCUACUAAAUUUUUAGAGAACAAGCACUGUGUUUUGACAGA